AUGGGUCAGCGGCCCAGCGGCGCCCCGAUCCAGCUGGUGGGGUUUGUGCUGGGAGCGUUGGGCUGGAUCGGAGCCGCCAUUGCCAUGGGGCUGGUCCAGUGGAGAGUGUGGCACGUGAGGUCGACGGAGGUUGACUCGGGCGUGGCCUGGGUGGGCAUCUGGAGGGCCUGCCUCUGCAGCAACCGGCUGGCGUCCCCGCCACUCCGCCUGAUGUCCUGUCAGGCGAUGGGCGCAGGAGAGGCCUUUGUGCCGUGGGAGAUCGCCGCCGCCCAGCCGCUGAUGGGGACGGCCGUCGUUGCCGGUGCUCUGGGGAAGGCGGCGGCUGUCUCUGGCCUGUGGAGCGUCUACAUGGGCAGAGGGUGGGCCGGGCUGGCCAUGAGGGCCGCAGGGUGCUUCCACCUGUUGGCUGGAGUCUGCGCCAUCAUCCCUGCCAGCUGGAACCUCAGCUCCGUGACUGGCAACCGCUCCAUCACCUUCCCGCCGCGGUUCGGCCUGCCCAGCUCCCCACAGACCCAGGAUGUGGGUGCGGGCAUCUACGUGGCCAUCUUCUCUUCCGGCCUGCUCCUCCUGGCUGGUCUGCUGCUGCUCAGUUACAAGACUCCUGCGUUCUUAUCCAACAACAAGAUCCACCCUUCCACCCUGGAUCCAUGGGAUAGAAACAGCCUGGUCUCUGGGGCCACCAUUUUAACGGAAAACCGCUUGCAUGCAGACAGUUUCUCGGAGUAUUCCCUGGCCAGCUGUGGAACGGACAACCCGGCAUUCCGGACUGAGGAGUGCUGA